UUUCUAUUCAUCUUUCCAUCUGUACCUUUUUGAUUGACCAUGCUUGUCUGGCCUUACCUAAAGCAUGUUGAAAUAGAGUAUUACACUUUUUGAUACACAUAGAGAAGCUGUUUCAUUUUAGUAAAAUAUACAAAAGAGAUUUUUAUGAUACUUUAAAUUCAUUGAGAAUCAUAAUUCGAGAAGGAAUAUCACUUCUAAAUCCAUAUAUUUCUAUUCCUUCUUGUUAAUCUAAUGCUAUUACGAAGGGCUCACAUACUAAAAUGCUUUUCAACAAGAUUUAAUGCUAGCUUUUGUUGUUUAAGAUGGAAAAGGUUAUAUUCCGAAAAGGCAGAUUCGCCUGAAAAACCGGAUGCUCGAAUGCAGGUAUUUGAACGUUUAAAAAUGCCAGUGUAUCCAUCUAUUUCAGAAACUGAAGGAAUUACUCCAAUAUCAAGGCUGCGGUCUUGGGAUAAUCUUCUGUUGCCGGACGACCGAAAACAUGAUGAGUCUUAUACUGUCUGUGGUAGAAUUGGCAACAUAAGAUACGCGAGUUCGAAACUGGUUUUCAUAGACAUUAAUGAUGGUUUGCCAAAGCUACAGUUGACCAUUAGUAAACGAAAUGUCACUGAUAGUACCAAUGAGGCUAUUCCUUUUUCCAACAUUCUAAAAGCGUUUCGUCGAGGAGACUAUAUACAGUGUACCGGAUUCAUUGGGAAAACAAGCAAAGGAGAAUUAUCAAUCUAUGCAACACAAAUUCCAGCGAUGCUGUCUCCUUGUCUUCACCAGAUGCCUACCAACCUUUUAAACCAAGAAAAAAGAUUUCAACAGCGUUACGUCGAUUUAGUUGCAAAUCCAGAUACGCUUUUGGCACUAAAAAGGCGAUUUCAGAUCAUAGAUUGCAUUCGCAAUUUUUUUCGAAAAAAUGAUUUUACAGAGGUAGAAACUCCAUUGCUUUCACAUCAUUUUGGGGGUGCCAUGGCUCGUCCCUUUAUCACAAAUGAUGCUCACAGACAACCACUUUCAUUGCGAUGCGCUCCUGAAUUAUGGCUGAAGCAACUAGUAAUAGGAGGCAUGCACCGAAUUUUUGAGCUAGGAAAGAACUUUCGAAAUGAAGGAUUAGACGCUACUCAUAAUCCAGAAUUCACCAGCUGCGAGGCUUAUUGUGCAUUUACUAACUUAAAAACAUUUAUUGACAUGACUAAAGUAUUGCUAGGAGAAAUCUGCAUGAACGUUCAUGGAAGUCUGCAGUUAACCCAUCUUGGAGUUUCUCUGGAUAGCGACUCUUUUCAAACACUUGAAUUUAUCCCAUCUCUUGAAAACAGUCUUAAUCAAUCUUUAGGCGUCAUCGAUAAUUCCGAAGGGUGUCGGAGAUUUUUAUUAGACAUUUUUAGGCAAAGGAAUAUCAAACAACCAAAAACACCUACUGUGUCACAUUUACUGGAUAAGCUGUUUGACCACUGCGUUUUAGAACGUCUUACAGAUGGUCCUACGUUUAUUGUACAUCAUCCAGAAAUCAUGUCCCCUCUAGCAAAGUCCGAGAAGAUUAAAUACGGGGAUACAGAAUAUCUCGUUUCAAAACGUUUUGAGUUGUACUUAGGAAAAAGUGAAAUUUGCAAUGCUUACGAAGAAGAAAAUAAUCCGUUAUCUCAAAAGGAGAAGUUUGAAUCUCAGCAAUACGAUCGUACUGAGCUAGGUGACCAAGAAGCACCUAUACCAGAUGCUGACUUUGUGCGUGCGUUAGAAUAUGGACUUCCCCCAACAACUGGAUGGGGUAUGGGUGUUGAUCGUUUAGUAAUGCUUUUUACUGGACAGAGAAGGAUAAACGAAGUAUUACCGUUUGGAUCUUUGCGGUAUAUCUGAUUCAUUGACUUCUCAUUCAUCCUUAAUUUAUAAUAAAUAAAAACAUAAAUAGAUAAUUACUUUCAGCAUAAGAGUGAAUAAAGUAAAGCAUCAAGUAUGUAAUGCUUCACGUUCCAAAAUUUCCUGCAACCAUACGUCCAACUCCUUUGACAGAUGGCCUUUUAGCCGGGAAAAUUGCCUUCCAAAAGAUUCUUGACAACGGUAACAGCGUACAUCUUGCUGGAAUAAGUAGGAAAGCGACCCCCGGACCGGAAGCUGAGAGACAGGGGUGUCAAUGUUAACAAAAAAUGGAGAAUUAAAUGAAAUGUAAUGUGCAUUAUUUUUUAUACUUGGAGAAACAUGAUCCCGAGUCAUAACGUGUAAAUGAAGGUUAUUCAUGGAUGGCCCAGCAUGGAAUCCUAGUUUGAUAAAAUCCCAAAGCGUUCUUGAAGGAACUUUUGAUGACAACUCGGGAUCUGAAAAAAGACUAUUCCUAGCUUCUUUCAUAAUUAUAUCCGAAAGUUUGUUGAACACCAUAAAACGUAGCUGGUCUAUUAACGACCUGUGCUUUGCUAGGAUUUCCAGAGGGUGAACCAAUGUCAGCGAGGAGUUUCUUGGCAUCAAGAGUAAAUGCAUUUUUGAUUUUGGAUACUUAUCCCUAAUGAAUACGAAAUCAUCGUCGUAAUAUAACACAUUAUUGUGGGCCUGAGGGUGUUCGAUGUAUACCCGCAAGUUAUCUCGAAAAGAAAGCCGUUGAGGCUUCCUCUUAACAAGAGGAGUGGUGUUUCUAUGAGUGCUCAUUAAGAGUUUAACUAGAAAAAAACUGUUAGUAUGAAUUCAACAACGGUCAACUUUCCAAGAACCAUAUAAGAUCUAAAACGAAUUACAAUUAUUUGAAAAGUUGAAAGGGAUGAUGUAGAGUAAUGCAAAAUAUAUUCAAGUAUCUAAAAUACUUAGAUAUUCUUCUUUGUGAACCCUCUAGUCAUCCCAAUCUUCGACAAACCCAUACAUGCGUCAGCAGAAUUUGACAUUAAGCGGUAACAAAGAUUUUAGUUUUAAAGCUUUCUUUUUACAAUUACAAUGGUAGUCCUAAUUUUGUUUCCAUAAAAAAACCGAACUUGAAAAAAAGUUGGUUGGGUUGGUAAUGAUCAAAUACAUUGCAGGAAAAAAUGUAAUGGUUUCGCCAUGAGAGCAGUUGCUCACUUUUCUCUUUCCUUGUUUCUUUGUUUUAAACAUUGAAAUACAAACGUUGAGAAAUUACACCGCUUGCUCAUAUGUAGUUUAUUUCAAUUUCUAGCAAUUCAAAACUUGUGACAUUAAGAGGUUCCAUAUGAAAAAAUGACCAACACCGUGUGGUUAAUUCAGGGAAUUUGCAUUUUUCUCUAGUCUUUCCAUUCUUUUGUCCGAUCUCAUGGAAUUGUAUACCGAAUUAAAUGUUCAAUCAUGAUCAAGAUAUAAACAGACUAAAACAAGUACAGGAAUCCAUACCAUCCAGUAGUCGUUUUCACUUAUUUUCUUUUUGCUGCUUUCUGAAUCCCUGUCUUAUUAUUCAGAUUUAACAAUGUCCAUUUCUUAUGAAAUGCUCCGUCUCUAUGUGAAUGGACAAGAAACAUUGCUAUAGAAGAAAAUCCAAUUGGAAAAAAUAGUAUUUUUAUAUUGUUUACAUUAUUUCAGCUUUAUCAAGCUUGACUAUAUCCGUUUCAAUUGUGGUUAAAAAGACAAGCUUCAUCUCAAAAGCUCGUAUUCCAACACAUACUCCCGAUCUGUUUUCUAAAGCCUUUUCCUUAAUACAGC